CACAAACUCUCCUCCACGCACGAGUCGAGGACAACCCCGAAGCCCUUCCUUUUCUCUCUCCUCAAUCUUUUUUCCUCUUCCACAAUGCGCUACAGCAUCGCCCUCAGCGGCCUUCUGGCCUCCCUGGCCCUCGCCUCAGAUGUCGCGGAGCUCAAGACGGACACGCUCCAGGGCUUCGUCGAGGAGCACGACCUCGCGCUGAUAGAGUUCUUCGCGCCCUGGUGCGGCCACUGCAAGGCGCUCGCGCCCGAGUACGAGUCCGCCGCCACGACACUGAAGGAGAAGGAGAUCCCGCUGGCCAAGGUCGACUGCACAGAGGAGCAGGAGCUGUGCCAGAAGUAUGGCGUCGAGGGCUACCCAACCCUCAAGGUCUUCCGCGGCCCCGACAACAUUUCGCCCUACACCGGCCAGCGGAAAGCAGACGCCAUCGUCUCGUACAUGACCAAGCAGGCCCUCCCCGCUGUCUCGGAUAUCAACAAGGACACUAUCGAGGAGUUCAAGACCGCCGACAAGGUCGUCCUCGUCGCUUUCUUCGCUGCCGAUGACAAGACCUCCAACGAGACGUUCACCUCUGUCGCCAACGGCCUCCGCGACAACUACCUCUUCGGUGCUACCAAUGACGCCGAGCUCGCCGAGAAGGAGGGCGUCAAGCAGCCCGGUCUCGUCCUCUACAAGUCUUUCGAUGAUGGCAAGGACGUCUUCACCGAGAAGUUCGAUAAGGAGGCUAUCGAGUCGUUCGCCAAGGUUGCCUCGACUCCUCUGGUUGGCGAGGUCGGCCCGGAAACCUACAGCGGCUACAUGGCUGCCGGCAUCCCGCUUGCCUACAUAUUCGCCGAGACUCCCGAGGAGCGCGAGACGCUCGCCAAGGAGUUGAAGCCCCUCGCUCAGAAGCACAAGGGCAUUAUCAACUUCGCUACCAUCGACGCCAAGGCUUUCGGCCAGCACGCGGGCAACCUGAACCUCGAGAUCGGCAAGUUCCCCGCCUUCGCCAUCCAGAAGACGGACAAGAACCAGAAGUUCCCCUACGACCAGGAGAAGAAGAUCACCGAGAAGGACAUUGGCGCUUUUGUCGAUGACUUUGUCGCCGGCAAGGUCGAGCCUAGCAUCAAGUCUGAGCCUAUCCCCGAAUCCAACGACGGCCCCGUCACAGUCGUCGUCGCUAAGACAUACGACAAGCUCGUCAUCGACAACGACAAGGACGUCCUCCUCGAGUUCUACGCCCCCUGGUGCGGUCACUGCAAGGCUCUUGCUCCCAAGUACGAGGAGCUCGGCGCCCUCUUCGCCUCGCCCGAGCUCUCCAAGCUCGUCACCGUCGCCAAGGUCGACGCCACCGCCAACGACGUGCCCGACGAGAUCCAGGGCUUCCCCACCAUCAAGCUCUUCCCAGCCGGCAAGAAGGACUCGCCCGUCGACUACCAGGGCGCCCGCACCGUCGAGGACCUCGCCAAGUUCAUCACCGAGAACGGUUCGCACAAGGCUGAGGCUUCGUUCGAGAAGCCCCAGGAGGCUGAGCAGAGUGAGGGAUCGAUGCCCGAGCAGGCUGCCGCCGCUUCGGAGAAGGCCUCUGAGAAGGCUGAGGAGGUUACCGAGAGCGUUAAGUCGGCGGCUUCGGAGGCUACCGAGUCGGCCAAGAGCGCGACUGAGGAGCACGACGAAUUGUAAAUUAGCUUGGCUUGCUGCAUCAUGAUACACCCCCGGUUUUCGUGUCUUCCUACCUCGUCUUCCGUCAUCGCUCCAUGGCUUCCAUAGUUUCACGCAGCUAUUGGGUUCGGGCCGGCUAUCGCAUGAGAUAAGAUAAAAUGUUAUGAUACAUGGACGCAAGAUGCGGGGGAGGAGUCCUUUUCAUUUACGGCUUGGUUUUGGUCCUUGAUCAAUGGUUAUGGUAGCUCAAGUAGCUUUAACGGAGUUCGGGGGUUUGGACUUGUUCUGAUUCGCUGUACCGUGUGCUCUGUGUGAUGCUGUUGGCUGCUGGUUCUUUAGCCCGCAUGGGCAUGAACCAAUAUAAACGGGUGUGGUCGGUGUCAUGCAUUACCUACCACUUGUCGUCACCUAUGGCGAGGCGUCUCUUAUCCCUGGUAACUAACUGU